UACAGGAGCUCCCCAGCGCCGGUCGCCUACCCAAAGCUCCGACUUGGGACGCUCCGCUGUGGUUUCGGCCACCCGGGCGAGGAAGGUUGGAAAUAUUCAUCUCACUCAGGGAGGGAGAACGAUGAAUGAAAGUAACCACCACCAGCGAGCAGAUGUAGGUAGGGGUCGCCGUGGAGCUGGAACAAAGCAAGAGGUUCCAGAGAUACCAGCUCCAUCAUUGACCCUGGUGACCAAUAUGAAGACCCAGUUACAUAUGGCAUUGGAAAGGAACUCUUGGCUGCAGAAGCGAAUCGAGGACCUGGAAGAAGAACGAGAUUUCUUGCGCUGCCAGCUAGACAAAUUCAUCUCUUCAGCCCGCCUGGAUGCUGAUGAUCACUGUUGUAACAAACAACUGCCCCGGAGAUCUGAAGUAUUGGAUAGCCGGAAUGGGGAGGUGACAGACGAUGACAGCAUGGGCUCCUGCAUGACCACCAGCCCUGAAGAAGGAGGUUCUGUGGAACACAAGAAACCCAAAGCAGGGUUGAACCGGCGACGCUUUGCCAAGCCUAAAGUCCGGGAGAGGCAGAGGGUGAAGGAUGUGGAUGGAGUUCUCUGCCGGUAUAAGAAGAUCCUGUACACUUUUCAGAAGCUGCAAAGCAUGAGUCGGGCAUUUGAACAUCACCGGGUGGACCGUAACACUGUGGCCUUGACCACCCCCAUAGCAGAGCUCCUUAUUGUUGCUCCUGAAAAAUUGGCUGAAGUGGGUGAGUUUGACUCAUCUAAGGAGCGUCUGCUUGAAUAUUCCCGGCGAUGUUUCAUGGCGCUAGAUGAUGAGACGCUCAAGAAAGUGCAGGCCCUCAAGAAAAGCAAGCUUCUACUGCCCAUCACUUACCGCUUUAAGAGGAAAACAGACUCUCCUGGCUCAGCUGCUGGCAACUCUGUCCCUUCUCCUGCCGCCCCACCCAAUCAACUUUUGCCGAUCGCUGAAUGUUACAUGCGAUGA